AAACCUGUGUUUCAGGUGCAUAAGAGUUUAACAUGAUUUAUUGCCACCUAGAGUGCUUUGAGAAUUAAAUAGUUUUUAUCACGCAGAUCUAAUACUUUCAAUUACCACCCUACUUGUUUUAAUUUUUAAGGUAUCAUGGUCAUUCGAUCUUUACUGGUUUAUCCACAUGUUCCGUGAUAUCUAGGCACUUUUUCUUGUACAAUGUUGUUACCAUGCAAUUCUGCCAUUUAAAAGAUUUACUGUUGAUUUUAAUUUUAAGCAUCAAAUAGUGUUCUAGCUCAAGUGUAUUUUUCCUGUUUGGUGUGUCAGCAUUGUGGCAUCUUGAAGCUUGAUUCCCAUGCCUUCUACAAAUCUUUCUUAUGUAGAGAUUGAAAUUUUCUACUUGGAUUAGCAAGAGGAGAAUAAAUGCAAUGGCUAAGCCUAUAUGCUCAAGGUUUAUUCAUUUGGAAGAUUCUCAAGAUGUGGCAAAUGCUUCAAAUGGUUUUAAAUUUCGCUUCAUCUCCUAUAACAUUCUGGCACAGGUUUAUGUGAAGAGUUCUUAUUUUCAGCAUUCUCCAUCUUCCUGUCUCAAGUGGAAAGCUCGUUCACAAGCUAUUCUAAUGGAUUUCAAGAACUUUGAUGCUGAUUUUCUUUGUAUACAGGAGUUGGAUGAGUACAGUACCUUUUACAAAAGUAACAUGGAGAACCUUGGAUAUUUAAGCCUUUAUAUUAAAAGAAGUGGACAGAAACGUGAUGGUUGCGGGAUCUUUUACAAACCUAGCAGUGCACAGUUGCUCCAAAUGGAGGAAAUUGAUUAUAAUGAUCUUGUUAAUUGUGCGAGUGCCCUAAAUGAGAUAGGGAACAACAAAGUAUUGGAUCUUGAAACUAGGGAUGCACCAAUAGAAGAGUUAUCAAGGAAGCACCAAUCUGACGAUCCACAUGUGAGAUUAAAACGUGACUGUGUGGGUUUACUACCAGCAUUUCAGCUAAAUGAUUCAUCAAAUCACAUUAUUGUUGUGGCAAAUACUCACAUUUAUUGGGAUCCAAAUUGGGCUGAUAUAAAGCUUGCACAAGUGAAGUACCUUCUAUCCCGGCUUUCGCAGUUUAAAGAACUUGUUUCAAAUAAGUUCACUUGUAUACCUUCAGUGCUUGUUGCAGGUGAUUUUAAUUCUACUCCUGGAGACGAGGUCUAUCGGUACCUUGUAUCAGCUUCAGAAGUUGCACCUAUCCAAUUGCGUAGUCUUUACGCGGCACAUGGAGGGGAGCCAACAUUCACAAACUGUACCCCUGACUUUACGGGAACACUGGAUUAUAUUUUUUUGUCAGGUAGCCGCCUGAGAGCAGUGAGCCUGCUAGAAGUGCCUGGGCCUGAAUCUGCUGAUGUAAUUGGUGGACUGCCCAAUCACCACCAUCCUAGCGAUCAUCUACCAAUUGGUGCCGAUUUUUCGGUCCUUCAAAGUCCAUGACAAAAAUAUGUACUUCAUUGAGUUGAAAUGGAUGGUAGAGAACAACAUUUGGCAUAUGCUGUCUCCACCUAAUGUAAUUUCACUGGUAAUAUAUGCGCAUCCAAAUGGUGUUGUCUGGACGUAGUUGAUUUAUUUGUCAGCCAUUUGUUUUGGCAGA